UGGCGGGGGGAGGGGCGCGGCCGCUGCCUCAGGCGCGGCGGGAGCGGCCGCCCGUGGCGCCUUUAACGGCGGCGGCUGCGCGGCGGGACGGAGCGGAGCGGAGCGGAGCGGAACCGAACCGCCCGGCCGCCCCCCUUGGCGCCGCAGGCGUGCGGGCGGCGCGGGGCCGCUAGGGGCCGCCGGUGCGAGCAGAUGGGGCGGCGGGCGGCGGGGGGCCGGCGCGCCGGGAGGGCCCCGCGGGCGAGCGGCUGACGCGGCCGGCGACGGCGCGGCCGGGAGCGGGCAGACCCGCGAUGGCGGAAGCCCCGCGCCCAGGCAGCAGUGACUCAAAAAUGCCAGAUCCUCCCCAGAAAGCCAAAAUCUCUGCACUGUGAAAGUUGGGCACUUCAGAUGUGAUGCAGGCAGUCCACCUACAGUCGUUGUAGGAAAAGUGAGCAAAUGUAUGCCUGUCCACACCAUCUGCUGCAGAACUGUCAGCUGAAGGAGGCACAGACUGGCCUGCGCAGAUUCAGUGGUGCUCAGUGGCACAUGCAGAACGUCCUCAAUGACUCGGUGGAGAGCUCCGAUGAUGAAUUCUUUGAUGCACGAGAAGAGGUGGCGGAAGGAAAAAGUGCCAUUCUCAUAGGCAUGAGCCAGUGGAACUCAAAUGACCUUGUUGAGCAGAUAGAAACAAUUGGGAAGCUGGAAGAAAAUCAAGGUGAGGAGUCUGCAUUUUGCUCAUCUGGCUUUCUACAGGAAAAACAACGUGAAUUAUAUAGAGCCUCUUUAAGAAAACAAAGGUUCCCUGCACAAGGCAGUAUUGAAAUACACGAGGACAAUGAGGAAGGAGCUCAACACCAGAACUGCAAAACUCAUGUGCUGAUUUUGAUUCUACAUGGGGGGAACAUCUUAGAUACUGGAGGAGGGGACCAGAACAGCAAGCUGGCAGAUAUCAACACCUUCAGUUCUGUGUUUGAGAAGGUGACCCAAGCCCAUUUCCCUGCUGCUUUGGGCCACAUCUUAAUCAGGCUCGUUCCCUGCCCAGCAAUCUGUUCAGCGGCCUUCUCUCUUGUUUCCAACCUAAAUCCCUACAGCUAUGAUGAGAGCUGUCUCAGCAGUAGUGAAGACCACAUCCCACUGGCUGCCUUGCCCUUGCUGGCCAUUUCGUCCCCUCAGUACCAGGAUGCAGUUGCCAUGGUGAUUAGCAGAGCCAAUCAAGUUUAUAAUGAAUUUCUCAAAUCUACAGAUGGGGCUGGUUUUAAUGGACAGGUGUGUCUCAUCGGUGACUGCAUAGGAGGAAUUUUGGGUUUUGACGCCAUCUGCUAUAAUGCUAACGCAGCUGAUGAGAGUCAGAACAGCAGCAGGAGAGGAAGCAUCAGCAGCAUCCAGGAUAAUCCCCUCUUAGCAGAGGACUCCAGUCUGGGUGGCAGCAAACGCCUCAGCAAAAGCAAUAUUGACAUCUCGGGAAUCAUGGAGGAUGAGGAGCCAAGGCAGCCACUACCACGGAAACAAAGUGACUCAUCCACCUAUGGCUGUGAUACUAUAACCCAGCAUCAUGCUUUCCUUUCUAGUGCAUUUUCUUUGCUCAGCAUCCACUCAAGUGCGUUGAAAGAUGAUGCAGACUUUCCUCCUGUGAAUAGCUCCAGUCUCUCAGAAGUAAACCUGGGCCGAUUUGAAUUCGAGGUGUCUGAUUUCUUCCUCUUUGGAUCGCCGCUUGGUUUGGUGCUGGCCAUGAGGAGUACUGUUCUGCCUGGCCUGGAUGUAUGCCAGGUACGCCCAGCCUGCAGCCAAGUGUACAGUUUCUUUCACUCUGCUGAUCCUUCUGCCUGCAGACUUGAACCAUUGCUGGAGAAAAGAUUCCAUCUCCUGCCUCCAUUCAGUGUCCCACGGUACCAGAGAUACCCGCUGGGGGAUGGAAAAUCUCACCAGUUAGGUGACGCUAUCCACAACCACAGUGCUCUGUUCCUUGAGAACAGCUCUUUGAACUUGCCUUUCCCUCAGGAGAGUCCGGAAUCUCCAAACGCACCCAGUCAACUGCAAGGCAAAUCAAGGAGGUCAAGCUUGGUCAGCACAAACAGCGAAACCUCAGGGUCAACAGAGAGUUUGCCAUCAGCAUACCUCACCAACAUUACUGCCAAGUGGUGGGGAACAAAACGAAUAGAUUAUGCCUUGUACUGUCCAGAUGUACUCACGGCGUUUCCGACUGUGGCCCUGCCACAUCUCUUCCAUGCGAGCUACUGGGAAUCAACAGACGUCGUGGCAUUCAUUUUGAGACAGGUGAUGAGGUAUGAAAAUGUAAAUUUCAAGGAAAACGACAGCCUGGAUCCAGCAAUGCUAAGCCCAUCGAAUCCACGAGAAAAAUGGCUACGCAAAAGGACACAUGUCAAGUUGAGAAAUGUGACUGCCAAUCAUAGAGCUAACGAUGUCAUUGCAGCAGAAGAUGGUCCUCAGGUACUGGUUGGGCGCUUUAUGUACGGGCCUCUGGACAUGGUAGCUUUAACAGGUGAAAAGGUUGACAUCUUCAUAAUGACUGAGCCAUCUUCGGGUAGGUGGGUGUAUUUUGACACAGAGAUAUCCAACAGCAGUGGCCGAAUAUCGUACAACAUACCCAAACAGAAGAGGCUGAGAGUUGGCGUGUAUCCUAUCAAAAUGGUGGUCAGAGGGGACCAGAGCAGUGCUGCAAGUUACCUGACUGUGCUUCCCCGAGGAAUGGAAUGUGUGGUGUUCAGCAUUGAUGGUUCGUUUGCAGCAAGUGUUUCGAUCAUGGGAAGUGACCCCAAAGUCCGAGCUGGGGCAGUUGAUGUUGUCAGGCAUUGGCAGGAUCUGGGAUAUCUGAUUAUUUAUAUCACUGGCCGUCCAGAUAUGCAAAAGCAGCGUGUGGUUUCCUGGUUGUCUCAACACAACUUUCCACAAGGAAUGAUCUUCUUCUCAGAUGGGCUUGUUCAUGACCCGCUGCGACAAAAGACUAUUUUUCUCCGGAAUCUCAUGCAAGAGUGCCACAUCAAAAUCUGUGCUGCGUAUGGUUCCAUGAAAGAUAUUUCUGUAUACAAUGUCUUGGCUCUGUCGCCAUCCCAAAUCUACAUUGUUGGACGGUCAACAAAGAAAUACCAGACACAGUGUCAAUUCCUCAGUGAAGGUUAUGCAGCCCACUUGGCCUCACUGGAGAUCAGUCUCCAUUCACGACCCAAAAAGAACAGCUCUCGGAUGAUCUUGAGAAAAGGCAGCUUUGGCCUCCACUCCCAACCUGAGUUUUUGCGCAAGAGAAACCAUCUCCGCAGGACUAUGUCUGUACAGCAACCUGACCCACCUUCUUUCAACCCCAAACCAGAGCGUGCCCAGAGCCAGCCCGAAUCAGACAAAGAUCAUGACAGGCAUUUGCCCUCCAUUGCGUGGGUUCGAGGUGGAGUUCCCAAAUUUGAAUCUGUCCCCUAGAAAGCUUGGAGAUACAGAUCUUGGGUGCACUCCAUUAAAUUUGUAGGCAUGCCUCAAAUAUAGUAUUUAGGCAGCUUCAAACUAGGAGGCUGGGGGGGACCUGUCCCUCAGAGUCUUCCCUCCUCUGGAAUCUGCCGCCUUACACCAACCUGGCAACUUCCAGUUUGUUGCUUUUGACGUGUUUAUUGGGAAACUUUAAAACAAUCUAAAACUAUUGCAAGUGCUUCAGUAUCACAGUAACAGGAAAUGUCUUAGGUUAUUUUUUACAAGAGAUGAUAAAAUAAAAUGUGCAAUAAGAGAAAAAGCUGUAGCAGGUUUUACUCAAAGGAAGGACUGUGAUACCAGCUAACUAGCUGCACCCAAAACAGUAUAGACAGUAGGUCCCAGAGGUUACAGUGAAAGCUUACACUUUAAAAACUCAAUAGUUGUAUCUGUUGCUGCUUCACUUUCGAUAAGGCUAUACACUUCCAAGGGAAGCAGUGUUGGGAACCACAGUGAUGGGUGGUCAGGAUUUGUACAGCAAAAUGCUUUGGGUGCCUUAAACCCAAGAUUUUCUUUCAGCUUACAGUAUUGGUGAACAGACACCAACAUGGGCACUCAUUUGUGAGGUGCUGGACAUCAAGUAAAUAGAAGUCCACUUAUGAACCAAAUUAUAAAUGCUUCAUGUUAGAAAUAAAUGUCUCUGCAGUUUGAAGCAGUUAGUGUUGCUGUAUACAAAGUGAUGUGCAAAGUAUAAAAGAUCACAUUGUUUUGUGGAACUUGGUGACUGUGCAAAAUGUGUGGACUGCUCCAGUUAAGGAGAUGGCUCUGAUCAUCUCAGUCCGAGACAUGGAUCCUGAGAUGGUAAGCUAAAGGGAGCCCUUUUACUAAGGGAUCUCCAAACUUUAGAGCAAUCACUUUUUUUUUCAUUAUUCUAAUUAGAAUCUUUACACUGGAGGACAAAAAAAUAGUAGUAGAUCGUAAUGGAAUUCCUAUGGGUAAAUUUUUUACCUUCUCAUGCUUUAUAGCAGCUGUUUUGUUAAAGACAAUUUGUAGCAUUUAAAAUACAUUCUUUCAUCUUUGAAGAAAGGAGAUGCCAACAUACAGGUGCCAAAUAGACAUUUUCCUAAUUAUUUAAAUUUUUCUCAGCUUCCACAAUGCACUUACUAGAAGUAAAAUUCACUCAGUGGGAAUACUUCAAAAGUAAAUGUAGUUAGUUUAACAUAGCUUUUUUUCAAAUUUUUUUGUGCAAGUACUUCUGAUGAACUAAAUUCACCAAGAGAACUUUCAUGAUUGAACUGAACUUAAGCAUGUUUCCAAAUAUGCAGUGAAGUUACAAGCUCACAGAAAAACCUUUUCUUUAAAAAUUAAAACCAGACUGUUAACCCUGAAAAAGUUUGAAGUCAAUAGGGGAUUUCUUUUUUCCCAGUUUUUUUGUUAUUGUUUUGUUUUGGUUUGUUUUCACUUUUAGUUUCAGGUUUUCCUAGUCUGUAGCUGGAAUGGAAACAGUCUCUCAACAAGCCUGUUGGUUAGUGAUUUAGAAGUUGGCAUGUAAAAAAAAAAAAAAGGAAUUAUAUGGAAAACUAUUACGACAUUGCAGAAGUAAACCUAAUUCUAUAUUCUCUGUUCACCCAAAAGUUUGUGUGCUUUUUUGAGGGGAUAGUAAUACGGCUUUUGCCUUAAAAGGCAGCAAAGUAGCUUAUAAAUGGAGAUCUCUGGUUUGUAUUUUUCAGCUUAUUAUUUGGCAAGAUUGCCAAACUUGCCUCCUCUUUGGAGUCAUGCUUAAAUUCUACUUCAAACUCGCUGAAAGAUCUCUGGCACACCAGUGAUUUGGUUUUAUAACACUUCCUUUAAGGGGAAGGGUAAACUCUUCUGAAGUUUUAGGAAAGAUAUGAAAAGUUGGAUAGCUCUAAUUAGGAGCAGGUAGCUGCAUUACACAGGGCUGGAUUUUUUUAUGCUCUGGUACCAAGUCAGCUAGCUACAAAAGAUCUCCACAAACUGCAGUGAAGUAAUCUUUAGGUUUACAUGUGCCCCUGCCCCAAGUGUCAUACCCAGCUCUUUAACCCACAAAUUUGGAGCAGUUAUUCUAUGUUCUGUCUUGGCCCGUGGUAUUUAUUCUGAUCCCAUAGCCACAGUUUCUUCUCCUAUGCUCUGCAGCUAGGAGGGGAUUACACAAAUUAUACCAGACAGCAGAUUCCAUCUCUUCUGUUCAGUUCACUGCUAGUAUAGGUGCUAGAGCUGACAAGAUGUCAGUGCAGUAAAGGCUGCUUAUUGUGGUGCUGAGUUUGUUUUCCUGCUGCUGGUCUAGGGAAGAAGAAAACAGGUAGUAAAGAGGCAUGUCUGAUGUUUAUUCUGUGCUCCCUUCCUAUCAAAUAUACCUUGUUCUAGCAGCUGCCAACAACAAAAUGCCCAGAGUACAUACUGUGAAAAGACCAGAUACAGUAAGUAGCUCAGUCUCUGACCAGUACAUAAUUUAUAUAUUCAGAGCAAAGUCAUUGCUUGUUGUCCUAGGAGCAGCUGCCUUUUUCUGAUGCCACAAUAACUGACAGAUGGUUUUGACAAUUGUCAUGGCAGGCAAAAUGGAAUAUAGCUAUUUCCAGCAUGCUCCCACUUGUUAGGUUUAAAUGAGCAAGGCAACCCAAGGUUUACAAGGGAGGAAUUCACUACACAGAUCUGAAAUUUGCUGAUGAGGGUACCUAAAGGCAACAUAGCUUGCAAAGUUUGAAAUUACUUUUUUUAAGCAUUGGCUGUGUCAAAUAUCUGCUGUUAGUAUUCACUGUGCCUGCUGCAGAUUUCAAAGCUAUUGCUCUCUACCUCUGUCAGCCAAGAGACUCCAAAAUCUAUUCAUGAGUUUAAGUUAUUGUGGUAGGAAGACCCACUCCUUUUCAAAAAAGACAUCUGUGUGGAAUUCUGUGAUAGGCAUUAAAGGAAGUAGAGUCUGAACACAAGAAUGGAGAAUCUCCUGUCUUACUAAGUUCUCAUUUUGCAAGAGACCAUGUAGUGAAAGCUCUGGUUUUGUAUAUUUCUGUUAAUAUCUGGGUCAGCUUUAUAGCAGUCAUUGUGCUUCAUUUAAAAGUAUUAUCACUUAAGGAGUAAAAUAAAUGCUAGUCUAUGUGCAUGCUUUAGAAUGGUAACAAUUUAAUAGUUUCCAUACGUGGCAUUGAAGUCAAGCUGAAAAUAUUUUCCCAACUUCAUUUCCUAAGAUGUAUGAGAGCUCAUGUGGCCUUUACGUAAUUCCAACACUACUUACUGCUCAGGGAUAGAAUGGUUUAUCUGCUGAUCACAUGCCUCCAAGUAAGCAUUUUUGCAAACAGUGUUACAGGCAUCAGUUUGGAGUUUAAUGCUUCCUGCUAAUUAGGAGCUGAUGUCCUGAAAGAUCAGAUGCCAGAGGCAUUUGUUUUGAAAGCGCUAGCCACUUGCUACUAAAUUGACACACAAGUUUUGUUGGAAGUGAAAGUACAAAAGAGAUGGUUACGAUUCUGACAUCUCACAACUAGGCUGGCAGCACAACAGCCUAGUGUGGCAGUGGAAAACUGGGACCUCAGGCAUGUAGAAACACUAGCUUUUUGCAGUUAUAUUUGGGGUGAUCCCUGAUGUUUGCCCGAUGAAUCACUAGUUUUACCAUGUAAUUUAGUCCCUGUUACCACUUAAAAUAUUUUCUUCCUAUCAGAACUUCAGCUUUACACUUUGUCCACACAAAACUGCAUGUAACAUUUCAUGGUCAUUCAGUUUGCAAGUGGAUUCCAGUUUUUAUUCAGUUUUAGUUGAGCUUUUACCAAACUAUUAUCAGUGCUCUUAAACAGGCUCUUUGCUGUGAGGUUGAGUUUGAGCCCAGAGUCUUUUUCUUCUCUACUUACCUGUCCUCAUGUCUGCAUUCUUUGCGCACUCAGCACUGUCUUGAACUUUAUAGGCUAUGGAAGCAUUAAAGCAUAUGCAGAGGGGAAAGGGACAGAGAGGUCGGGGGAAUCAUGGGUGCUCAAGGAAUGCAGGGUUAGACCCAUCAAUAGUUUCAGCACCAUUAGUGCCUCCAGUCUGAUUAAUACAAAAAAAGCACAUACUGUUCUGACCUGUGGAAUGGAGGAAGCAUAACUGAAACUUUAGAACACUGAACUUGUUAAUCCAGUGGCUGUUGAAGCAGUAGUACAAGUCAAUGCACAGGGAAGGCCACACCUAGACGCACUUAUUUCUCUGCCCUGUUGAUAUGUUGAUAAUUACUGUAAAAAAUUAUGGCAGUGAUUAAUAGCAGUGGUGGACUGUUAUCUGAGAUGUUGUGAAAACACACCUUCACAACUGUGGUGUAUUUUGUGCUUGUGUGAGUGUGUGUGAGUGUGUGUGUGUGUGUAGCUACUGAAUUCAUAGCCAUGUUAGGUGAAGUUUUUGGUUUGGCUUUCACAGCAAAUGUGUAACCAAUAUGCAUUUUUUACAAUGGCUGUUAGUUCAAUUUUAUUGUCCUGUUAGGUGAGUUUGAAAAAAGGUAGAGUUGUAAAAAAGAACACAGAAUAUUCCACAGUCCUGAAUAGUAAUGUUGAUCCAAACCUGCUUAUUUUGAAUAACAGAUGUUUGCCUACACUAGUGCUCUUGGAACAGAAUCUUGCUUGACCAAAGUAUUCUUGUUUAGUUUUGUGGCAUGGUUUAUAUACUCUUCAGCAUAAAAUCUUGUCAGGUGUAAAAAUGACAUGGCAUUAAUCAUAAUUCUUGUUCAUUGGGGUUCAUGAGUCAGCUGCCGUUUUGAUUUGGUUAGAUGAAAAUGGAGUCUUAAUUUCUUACAGAUCAGCUUCCUUUAUAUACUAAAGGAAUAGUAGAGGGAUAUCAAAAAAAAAAAAAAGUAGGUCAGGGCAGCACUACCUGUGUAUUUAAGCAAAUCCUUAGUGCUAUUAUCAUGUACUCUGCAGCAUAAAUUUAACAGGGAAAAAUGAAACUUUUCCUUCCUUCUAUAUUGUUUCUUGUCUUAAAUUUGUUUAAAAGUUUUUUAAUAAUAUCUGAAAUCAAUAGGUGUUUUUAAUUUUUUAGAUUUUUAAGGGCAACGAUUGUUCCUGAAAAAAUAGGAUUUUCCUCAAUUUUCUCCCGUUGUAUUUAAGCCACAGAAAGGUAAGUACAUUAUAGAAACACUAGAUUGGUUUAUGGUCAGUUUUCAUAAGCUCAUGGGUUUAAUAAGGGAGAGGAAGACGUUUUACACAGUGUGAUUUCAUUAUUUUUCUGAUUAGAACUUAAAACAUGAGGUCUGAAUUCAAAAUUUCUGCAUUGAAUUGUUCAUUUCAGGCAUGCAAGGGAGAAAGUGGCACUUUUCACCCUCACCUGGGAGCUGGUACAGGAUAGUUCCCUAAACACAAAACUUUCCAACUUACCUCCUCUCAGCUUCUGUAAGAGCAGUGAUUCCUCAUGAUCCAUGUUUAGAACUCAGCAGAAGUAGUGGUUUUCACAAGGUAAUUUGACUUAAUUGCUGUUUAAUCACUCAAGUGUAACUCUGGAUUCCUACAGAAGAUCUGAAGUUCCAUCCCCAUUUAAAAUGGUGGUGGUAACACACUUUUUUGCAGGAAAAGAGCUCCAUUUUCAGAAAUAAGAAAUGGCCUGGAGCAGCUGGAAUCCUGUGCCAUGAACUCUGGCACUGAAAUCAGAAGUUACUCCCUCUCUCCCUCCAUUUAGCUCAAGCCCAAGGUAAGGGGAUGACAGUUUACCCUCUACUUAUAUUUAUCCUGUUAAGGUACUGUCACAACUGGGUAUUGAGGGGGGAGGGUAGAAGAAGAGGGGGAACAUGAAAUAAAUUUGACAGUUCAUUUCUCAUUUAUUAAAGGAGGAGAAAACUUAAAAAGGUGAGACAGAAGGUUUAAUAUAGAAUACUGGGUAAUGGGACACUAGAGAUUAUAACAUUGAGACAUAACUUAAAAAGACAGCUUAAAAACUUAAAAAGAGCUUUAAGGAUGAAGAUUUUGGGGAUGACUGGUAUGUAGGGCUCAGAAUGGCAGUCCCCUCACAGAACCUCAAGCCUUGUGCAUAUCUUAUUUUUCUGUUUGUGGGAGAGGGCAGGGGCAGGCUACUCUACAAUUGAAUACCUGUGAGAAGACUUGAACAUGUUCUUUCAGUCUGUAGUUUUGAGUGCAUACUUCUAAAUAUUGUUUUGUCAGUGAGAAGGUUCUAUAUGGUGGCAAAUGUUUAUAUUUCUUAUGGCUGCACCUUGUAAAGAUUUAAAAAAAAAAUGUACAAUAAUGAUUUAAUAUGAACUAAGGAGUAAGAUUUUUACAACUGGUAUAGAUUUUGAUGUGAGCUGCUUUUUAAAAUCUUAUAACAAAUUAGUCACUUAAUAAAAUCUUCUUUGCCUUUAACCAAA